CCCACCUCUGUCGCCAUCUUGAAUUUCUGAACAAAAACGGAUGAGGAAGAACAGGGGAAUAAUAGCCUUCAAAUAAAUGAGACGGUAAAGACGAAUGUAACGGCAAAAUAUGAACGAAAGGGGUGCGGAAGAGGAGAACCGCCGCGCCCCGCGUUGAAGCAGAAAACCGUUAGGUAGUCAGCUAUACAUACAGUUAAGGAGGCAGAUCGAAAGAAUUUAUUAGGAGAGAAGAGGAAGAGAUACACAAGGGGAGCUUACAGUAAAGAAAAUGGAUCGUACAGAUUGAGUGCAAUUUGUGUUGUAACGGGUGGAAAAAGUGGAGAGGGCAAAGAAUUUUUUGGGGGCUAGCACAGCUAGCCAGGAUCACAGUAAGCCGCGGCGCUGGCCAUGCCGUCGAGUGCAAGGGCUGGAAGCCUGAAGGAUCCAGAGGUGGCAGAGCUGUUCUACAGAGAUGAUCCAGAGAAGCUCUUCUCUGACCUACGGGAGAUCGGACAUGGCAGCUUUGGAGCAGUCUACUUUGCGCGCGACAUCCGCACAAAUGAGGUGGUGGCUAUUAAGAAAAUGUCCUACAGUGGAAAGCAGUCCAAUGAAAAAUGGCAGGACAUCAUCAAAGAGGUUAAGUUCCUGCAGAAAUUACGACACCCCAACACUAUUGAAUAUAGAGGAUGUUACUUGAGGGAGCAUACAGCCUGGUUGGUGAUGGAGUACUGCUUGGGUUCUGCAUCUGACCUCCUAGAAGUUCAUAAGAAGCCACUACAAGAAGUGGAAAUAGCUGCUAUUACCCAUGGUGCACUGCAGGGCCUGGCAUAUCUGCACUCGCACAACAUGAUCCACAGGGACGUGAAGGCGGGGAACAUUUUACUGACUGAACCUGGUCAAGUGAAGCUGGGAGAUUUCGGCUCAGCUUCCAUUGUGGCUCCUGCUAACUCGUUUGUGGGCACGCCUUACUGGAUGGCCCCGGAAGUGAUUUUGGCCAUGGAUGAGGGCCAGUAUGACGGAAAGGUGGACGUUUGGUCGCUCGGAAUUACCUGCAUAGAGCUGGCGGAGCGGAAACCCCCCCUUUUCAACAUGAAUGCUAUGAGUGCCUUAUACCACAUUGCUCAGAAUGAAAGCCCCGUCUUGCAGUCCAACCACUGGUCAGAUUAUUUUCGUAACUUUGUGGACUCCUGUCUUCAAAAGAUUCCCCAGGAUAGGCCUACCUCUGAUGUUCUGCUGAAGCACCGCUUCCUCUGCAGAGAGCGCCCCAUGUCCGUCGUGUUAGACCUAAUAGCUCGCACGAAGGAUGCGGUCAGAGAGCUGGACAACCUGCAGUACCGCAAGAUGAAGAAGAUACUCUUCCAGGAGACACACAAUGGCCCUACCCCCGAGGGUGCAGAGGAAGAGGAGGAGGUGGAGCAGUACAUGCUGCGGACGGGCACCAUCAACAGCAUGGAGAGCUCGCACUCAGUGCCGUCCAUGUCCAUCAGCGCCAGCUCCCAGAGCAGCUCGGUGAACAGCCUGGCGGACGGCUCCGACGACAGCGGCGAGAUGGCCAUGAUGCAAGAGGGCGAGCACACAGUCACCUCCAACAGCUCCGUCAUACACCGGCCCCCGGGUCACGAAAACAUCUACGAUGACCCGUACCAGCCAGAGAUGGACGCACAGCAGCCAGCACCCUCCGGAGCACGCCGGCGAGCCUAUUACCGCAACCGGGACCACUUUGCCACCAUUCGCACAGCCUCGCUGGUGACACGGCAGAUCCAGGAGCACGAGCAGGGCUCAGCACUGCGGGAGCAGAUGUCGGGAUACAAGCGCAUGCGGCGGCAGCACCAGAAGCAGCUGAUGGCACUGGAGAACAAGCUGAAGGCCGAGAUGGAUGAGCACCAGCUGCGGCUGGACAAGGAGCUGGAGACCCAGAGGAACAACUUCGGAGGAGAGGCAGACAAGCUGAGCAAGAAGCACCAGGCCAUCCUGGAGAAAGAGACCAAGGCGGCGUUGGCGGAGGAAAAGAAGUUCCAACAGCACAUCCUGAACCAGCAGAAGAAGGAGCUGGCCAGCCUGCUGGAGUCCCAGAAGCGCCAGUACCGCCAACGCAAGGAGCAGCUGAAAGAGGAGCUGAACGAGAACCAGUCGACGCCGAAGCGAGAGAAGCAGGAAUGGCUGGUGCGACAGAAGGAGUGUCUGCAGCAGCAGCAGGCGGAGGAGGAGGCGGGGCUGCUGCGCAGGCAGAGGCAGUAUUACGAGCUGCAGUGCAGGCAGUACAAAAGGAAGAUGCUGCUGGCCAAGCACAACCUGGAGCAGGACCUGCUCAGAGAGGACCUAAAUAAGAAGCAGACCCAGAAGGACCUGGAGUGCGCCCAGCUACUGCGGCACCACGAGUCCACUCAGGAGCUGGAGUUCCGGCAGCUGGGCCUGGUGCAGCGGACGCGGGCCGAGCUGAUUCGCACGCAGCACCAGACCGAGCUGGCCAACCAGCUGGAGUACAACAAGCGGCGCGAGCAGGAGCUGCGGCAGAAGCACGCCACCGAGGUGCGGCAGCAGCCCAAGAGCCUCAAAGUGAGUGCGGAGGGGGGCGCUGGGGAGGGCAGGGAGGACCAGGACCAGGGGGAGACGGAGGAAGAGGUGGAGGAGACCGGGCAGGAGGGUGAAGUGAAGUCCGAGGACAUGGGCAGCCUCGAAGCUCCGAGCACUGCGUUCACGGGGAGUGCCUCUGAAGGAGGACAGGUAGGGAGCCCGACUAGCCAAAGCGAGGAAGACGAGAGCAGGGUCCAGGAGGAAGGGGUGGGAGGAGACGAGAGCGAAACGGAGGCCCCAAAGAGGGACAGCAAUGGACAUGGCGAGGAGGGCAAGGCACAGCCUGAGAGGACGUGGUCAGAAGGGGACAGGGAAGUCGGCUCGCUCGAGGGGGCCGAGUGGGAGGAGGACAACGAGGGGAGCGCAACAGACACCGAGGCCGAAAAUGAGGAGGACGGGCACGAGGGCAGGGGAGUGGCAGACGGCUGUGCCUCGGAGCAUGUUCCUGGCUCCCUGGAGCGCCAUGGGGAGCGGGAGGCCGACGAGCUCUCCGAGUUCUAUUUUCCAGAUUCCCUGGAGGAGCUGGAGUCCCCGCCACUGUACGCGCCCCCCCCGCCGCCCGCCCCCUCUUCACUGCCCUCCAUCUUCUCGCACGCGGUCUGUUUGGUGCUCUCACUGUCUUCCGCGGCUCACCCCACACUUCCUGUCCUCCUGCUCCUCUCCGUCUUUCUCCUGUCUCUGAGGCGCUCUCCUCCUCUCCCUUCCUUGGCCUCGCUGCUCCUCUCUGGUGAGCUGGUCCUCCUCGCCCUUUUCUUUUCCUACCUCUUCCUGCGCUCCUGCUGUUAUGUCUCUCUGGCCUUUUACCUCUCCAUCGCUCUUUGGGGCUGCGGCCUCUUCAGCUUAGGCCUCUCACUCAGCCUUGGCCUCUACUACGUCCCCGUGGCUUUGGUCUCAGCCUUUUUCCUCAGCUCGCCGUCCCUUUUCCUCUCUCUCUACCUUAUCGUCGUCCUGAUCGUCCGACCAGCGAGGGUUUUCCUUCAGAAUGCCCCUAAGAAAAUCAACCGCCUCUGGGUCAGAGUCCUGUUCCGACUUCCCAAGCCAUUAUUCACCCUGUGUCAGUCCCUUCUUGGUGGGCUUACAGAGAGAAGCUUGUAUGACAUGUUCCCUAAAGCAGGGAGAAACUGGGGGGUACGCCAGUCUAAAAUUCCUGUACCGCUCAGGACCCUUCCCGUGGAGUACUUCUCCAGGCACAGUCAAGUCUCUGCAGCUUCCAAAUGUUUGCUGUCGGUCAGGCGCUUCCUCAGACGGCCCAUCGGGCUCCUUGCUGACUGGGCCAAUUCUGUAGUGCUCAAGCUGGCCAGCCGUGUCCUGAAGAAGCUGCCACACAGUUACCUGAGCAAAAUGAGGGCCCUGGGUUUGCUGAAGGAGGAGAGAGCCAGCAGGCUCCCACGGCUUCUGCCCAGGGAGGUGCGGGAGCAUAGAGAUAGGGAGCGGAGGAGGAGGGAGCGAGAGAGGAGGAGGAGGGAGGAAAGAGAGAGGAUCAUCAGAGAAAGUGGGAGGUGGGAGUCUGGUCUGAGACGAACCGCUUCGGGGAGGAGUUUGAGGGGAAAGGUUGUCCCCUGGAGGUAGGGUGAGGGACAGCAGAGGACAUCUGUGCAAAUGUCUUGUUCCGUAACGAAUAUGUUUGUUCUGUUUAUAUGCUGCAUUGUGUCAAUGUUGUACUUGACUAGUAGUUGGUUUGUUGAGCUCCUCUCCAGCUGGAGGCGAGAAAACAAUCCAAGCGUCUAUGGAAUGUGAUUAUUUUGUUUCUUUAUCUGCCAGUCUGGUUCAGUGUACGCAUGUCAGUUCUUUUGUAUGCAUGCAAUAUGACCUCUGUUUUCUUCCAUUUUCACUUAACUUGUAAAACUUUUACAAAAAGUUUUCUUUUUUAAAGGUUAUUCUCUUAUGGUUGGUUUUUAAAACACCGCGACUGUGCAUUAUUUUUUUAAGUCUUAAGAUUUACUGUUUGAGGUUUUAGUCUCGCACUGUCAGUUUAAUCCUUAUUUAUCGUACCACACCGGAAUUUAGUGUUAGCCUAUUUUUCCUCAGAUUGGCAGUUUUUAUCAAAGUACGCACUACAUUUUCCAUAUUCCCUGCAAUACGGAGACAAACCCACACACUAAUUGGCACAGUACAGCUUCCAUGCUGCUUGUGAAGCAGCGUGCCUGCCAGGGCGUGCUGUCGUGCUCUGCAUGCUGCACUGUCCGUGUCACGUGCUCGCUGGGGUUUCUUCCCCCGAUCGCUGUCUGCAGUCUCUGGUUGAUCAGGCGGCUGUGUGCUGAAAAAGAAGCCCCCUCGCCUUGCAGGUGUCCUUACCUGGGACCAGGUGUCCUGUCUCGUACCAUACUGUACUCUGCUCUUAACUCUCCAUUCCAUCUCAUUAACUGUGACUUAGGCAAGUGUUGCUUACUUUUAUAUACAGUUUUAUUGAUCUGUCCAGUAAGGCAACCCAAACCUGACCUUUUACUUUUAUUUUUCAUUUUUGUUGUUAGAAUGUGAAUUUGCUCCCACUACCCAUGUGAUUGUCCAUCAUUUUACAUUCUGCUUCUCUUAUGCAUUGAUAGCUCACCUAAAACUCCUCAAAAUCGUUGUCCCAGCUGCCCUUUCCAGCCACAGUCUUAAAUUAACUUUAUUUUUUUUUUAAAAUGUUUUAUUUUGUAUUGUUGCUCUGUGUUUUGUCAUGAGACUGAGAAACAGUUGUGUGGAAGAGACAUUGGUUUGGAAUAUGAAUAGGCCUGGAAUAGGAAGAACUGCUUUAUUAUCAGGUGGGAGAAUUCAUUGGCUGGUACAGGGUAGAAUGUCAGACAAAAGACUGCUGGUUGGGAUGGGGGUGGUACAAUUGGGAAUGCUGAGGGAGACUUUGAUGAGUGUGCCGUUUAAUGUGUUAAAAUAAGUGUUUUUUUUCCUGUUGCACUAUUAAUCAUUUUAAUUUUGAAGGAUUGGCCAUAAAACAAAGCAUUUUAAUCGAAAAUGCUUUCAUUUUGCUUUUGUUCCUGAGGAAUUUCCUCAAUGCAAACAAGUUUGGGAGCAUAAUAUAAAAACUGGUUUCACCAGUUUUUCUCUGGCAGUUAAAUAAAAUGUCUGUAAAUGGUCUAAACAGUCGAUCUUGCAUGUGCAAAAGCAACCAUACCAAAGAUAACAGCGGAGCCCUGAAAUGUGAGUACAAAAACUGCAUAAUACUAUGCAGAGGUUAAGUAUUGCACCCCACAAUGAAGGUAUUGCAGGCAACAAAGACGCACAUGCAUGCAAUUCCUGUAAAUCACUCUUUUGCUGCUGCUGCAGGCAUAUACAUUGUGUGUGCGUGUCCAUUUCCCACAAUGUCUGCUAGGAGUCCUGCACACCAUUGGUUAGUAAAUUAAUUUACCCAAGACUGCUUAGUGGAACAGUGAUACACAAAUGCUUGUGGGAGAGGAGGGGAAUGUAGAAAUGGGUAUGUUUUACAGGGGAGAAGGGUUUCAAAACUUGAAAUGUUAAUAUAUUUGAAAGUGCAAAAGUGCUACUAAAUGCUAAUUUGAUAGCCCAGGGCUUCGGUCUGCCCAUCACUCACAUUUAGCUCCCAGCUCAGGGAUUGACACAGAUUUCAGUUACAUCUGAUUCAUAAUUGUGUGUCUCUGUGUAAAUCUUAAGGAUGGACAUUUGAUUUAAUUUCUAUAUAAAUCCCUAGUGCGCAUUUAUAAGUGAUGUCAAAUCAUCUGGUGAAAGCAAUAAUAUGAAGAGACUCUAUCUUGCAUUGAACAUCCAUUUCUGUUAAGAAUGAAUGAAUGUAUUUUAUAUUUUCAUUUUGUUUUGUUCCCUUUAUGUCUGUCGUGUAGGAUCUGUAUUUAUGUCUUGUGAUUUGUCUAAGAAUUUAUUGCAUAAAAAUAUAAAUUUAUAACAUAAUAUAUGCAGUAUUUGUAAACUAAGUGGAUCCUGCAUUUGUGUGCAGCCAUUUGAUUUAUUUUGCCCUUUAUUUGUCUGUGUGUGAAUGUGUGUGAGGACAUAUAAUAUUUCAUCCCCCCCUCAAAAUAAAUUUUGUUGAAAUAUCA